AUGGGAAUGAAGUGUGGAAUUUGCAAGAGCUCAAAGAUAGAAACAGACGCAGCACGGGACAUAAGCUACUGUACGUCCUGUGGGCUGGUGAUAGAGGAGAGCACAAUCGUAUCAGACGUGCAGUUUGCACAGGACACAAAGGGCACUUCUGUUCUGCAAGGACAGUACGUGAGCACCGGCGAUAGCAAGAAAUUAGUGGCUGGAAAAUUUAUAACGACAAAUCACAUCUCCACGAUAAAGGGAAUAGCGAAGUCCAUAGGAGAGGCCCUGGGCAUAGGAGACACGCAGAUUAACUCGGCAAUGCGGUGGUACAACCUCUCUUUGCAGUUCAACUUCACAAGAGGAAGAAAGACACAAGUGCUACUGGCAGCGUGCCUGUACAUCACCUGCAGAGAGGAGGAAACGCCGCACAUGCUUGUUGACUUUGCGUACAUCCUGCGAGUGAACGUGUUCAAGAUCGGAAGCGUCUUUUUGAAAUUGACAAGACUUUUGAAUAUUUCUGUUCCUCUCGUGGAUCCAUCACUUUUUGUGCCGAGAUUUUGCAGCAAGCUGCAGCUUCCAGGCCAGGUGAUAGCAAAGACGUCUCUGCGGCUCAUAGCAAGGAUGGACAGAGACUGGAUUGUGAUCGGAAGGAAGCCCGCAGGGAUAUGCGGUGCAGCGAUUCUAAUCGCCAGCAGAAUACACGGAAACGAAAGAUCGGUGGAGGAGGUGGCUGCAGCUGUGAAAGUGUGCGAGUCCACAAUCAACAAAAGACUCGCAGAGAUAAAGGAAACAGCAACUGCAGCACUGUCCAUCAGCGAAUUCAACACGAUCUGGCUGGAGAAGGAAGAAGAUCCUCCGAUUGUCAAACUGCGCGGGAAAGUGUUCACUGAGUCAUUUGCAAAAAACAGACAGAGCUACGAGAAAGAGAACGAUGAAGAAAUUAGCUGCAAGCCUGAGUAUCCAGAAAGGGAGGAUAUCACGCCGCUAACACCGAUGAGCAUAGCCAGCCAGACAACAGAAGACAUCCCGCACGAAGAGAGCGACCUGUCAGACGAAGAGAUGGAGAUAGAGGAUGAGCUGUUCCUCACAAAAGAAGAGAUAAAAGAAAAAGAGAGACUGUGGGAUGCAAUGCACGCAGACUUCCUGAUAGAAAGGAAAAAGAGGGAAGUAAAGCCAAAGCCAAAACCAAAGAAACAAAAGCCAAAGAAUCUUCCUCUGCACGAUGCCGUUGAGUCCACUGUAAAAACAAAACACUUAUCCACGCGAAUUAACUAUGCAGCAAUUAAAAGCCUUUUCCAAAGAUGA